GAGAGAGUGAGAGAGAGAGAGAGAGAGAGGAGGGGAGGGGAGGAAAACAGACGCACGGUGCUGGAUUAUUUGGGCAGAGCGGCUGCAGCCACUGUGGAUGUUACCCAGGCAGACGACGGAGCACUUGAACCUAUUUAGAGUCCCGGGGUUUUCAACGACGGCACCGGGCAGGAUGCUGAUAUGGUUGUGAGGGCCUGUUUCUACUUUCCUAUUGGUCAGUGAGGCAGUGAGCUCUCGGUGGAUACAGCAUGCAUGUGUCGACAUAUCCCAUGAUGCACUCUGCCAGUCCGGGCCUGCUCCUCCUCAGCUUCCUCUUCCUCGCUGAUGCCGACUCUCCCCCCAGAUUCACGAGAACCCCAGAAGACCAAACUGGAGUCCAGGGGGGCGUGGCUUCCUUCGUGUGCCAGGCCACUGGAGAUCCACAGCCCAAGAUUGUCUGGAACAAGAAGGGCAAGAAAGUCAGCAACCAGAGAUUUGAGGUAAUAGACUUUGACGACGGGUCUGGCUCGGUCCUGAGGAUCCAGCCCCUGAGGACCCCCAGAGAUGAGGCUGUUUACGAAUGUCACGCCUCCAACUCAGCAGGAGAGAUCACUGCCUCCACCAGACUCAAUGUGCUACGAGAGGACCAGCUGCCCUCGGGGUUCCCCACCAUAGACAUGGGUCCCCAGCUGAAGGUGGUGGAGCGCUCUCGGACUGCCACCAUGCUCUGUGCUGCUAGCGGCAACCCCGACCCAGAAAUCACCUGGUUCAAGGAUUUCCUGCCAGUCAACACGUCCAAUAACAACGGGCGAAUCAAACAGCUCCGCUCAGAGUCCUUUGGUGGCACGCCCAUACGAGGUGCCCUUCAGAUCGAGCUGAGUGAGGAGUCAGACCAGGGGAAGUAUGAGUGUGUUGCCACCAACAGUGAUGGGACACGCUAUUCCACCCCAGCUAACCUGUAUGUCAGAGAGCUGCGAGAAGUGCGGCGUGUGCCCCCACGGUUCUCCAUUCCUCCAGCUGACAGUGAGAUCAUGCCAGGGGGGAAUGUCAACAUCACCUGCGUGGCAGUGGGUUCCCCCAUGCCUUACGUCAAGUGGAUGCUGGGAGCAGAGGACCUGACACCUGAAGACGACAUGCCCAUCGGCCGCAAUGUUCUGGAGCUGACAGACGUACGCCAGUCAAACAAUUACACGUGUGUUGCCAUGUCAACGUUGGGCGUGAUCGAGGCAGUGGCGCAGAUUAUUGUCAAAGCUCUGCCCAAGGCUCCAGGCACCCCUGUGGUUACAGAGAGAACUGCAACAAGCAUUACUCUCACCUGGGACUCUGGCAACCCUGAGCCUGUGUCCUACUACAUUAUACAGCACCGCUCAAAAGGCUCAGAGGACCCCUAUAAAGAGAUCGAUGGCAUCGCCACAACCCGCUACAGUGUGGGUGGCCUCAGCCCUUACUCCCACUAUGACUUCCGGGUGGCAGCGGUUAACACCAUCGGUCAGGGCCCCUCCAGUGAGGUGGUGGAGGCCCGCACCGCCGAGCAGGCCCCCUCCUCACCUCCAAGACAGGUCAGAGGUCGUAUGCUGAGCACCACCACAGCCAUCAUCCACUGGGAUGAGCCAGAGGAAGCUAACGGACAGGUGGUGGGCUACAGAGUCUACUAUACCUCUGACAACACACUGCCAGUCAACCAGUGGGAGAAGCAGAUGGUACGCAGCGCUAACUUCAUCACAAUCCAGGGUCUGACUCCUAACAAGACCUAUUACAUUAGAGUCCUUGCCUUCACCUCUGUUGGGGACGGGCCCCUGUCCCAGGACCUGCAGAUCAUAGCCAAGACUGGAGUUCCAUCCCAGCCGUCAGACUUUAAGGGUGAAGCCAAGUCUGAGACCAGCAUCCUGCUGUCAUGGGUGGCCCCGCCCCAGAGCGGCCCGGACAACCAGAUCACAGGAUAUGAACUUGUUUACCGACGAGCUGACGACACAGAGGAGAAGAAGGUGAGUUUUGAGCCCACCACCUCUUACCUGUUGAAGAACCUGAAGCCUUUCUCCACGUACACCUUCCAGCUGGCUGCCAGGAGCAAGCAUGGGAUCGGAGCGUAUACCAAUGAGGUGUCCAUCGACACGCCACAGACACUACCUUCAGCACCUCCCCAGGAGGUCACAUGCACCAGUCCCAGUUCUACCAGUAUCCUGGUAAGUUGGGCUCCGCCCCCUGUGGAGUUUCAGAACGGCAUCAUUACGGGAUACACCAUCCAGUACUCCACCACAGAAGGCAACAAAACCUCAAAAAGAGUUGAUGGAAUUCCACCAGAAAGUUCUCCAUAUCUCCUGGAAAACCUAGAGAAGUGGACGGAGUAUGGCAUAACAGUGCGGGCACAGACAGAAGCCGGAGAGGGGCCGGAAAGUUUACAGCUGCUUAUCCGCACCGAGGAAGAUGUUCCCAGCGGCCCUCCGCGAGCUGUGGAGGCGGAGACUGUGAACGCCUCAGCCAUUAGGGUGACAUGGCGGGCGCCAGCACCCGAACGGCAGCACGGUCAGAUCCGAGGCUACCAAGUCCACUAUGUGAGAAUGAACUACGGCGAGCCUCAGGGUCAGCCCCUCAUCAAGGACAUCCUCAUAGAGGACUCUCAGUGGGAAUAUGGUGACUCAACUCAAUAUGAGGUGGUUCUUGGAGACCUGAAGGCAGACACUUCCUAUUCUGUAUCUGUCGGGGCUUACACUGCCAAAGGUGACGGUGCACGGAGCAAACCCCUAUCUGUGUGCACCGCGCUGCCAUUGCCUGAGAAGCCCAAGCUGACAGUGAGUGCCACUGACUUAGGCACUGCUCUGCUUCAGUGGUACCCACCUCCCAACCCACCCACCCCGCUCCUGGGCUACCGCCUCACCUUCGGCCGAAUCGAUGUCCUCCCUUUUACGGUGGUGGAGUUCCCCACCAAAGAGACCCGCUACAGUGCCCAAGACAUUCACAAGGGAGCCAACUACAUAUUCCGACUCUCCGCCCGCAAUAAAAUGGGCUACGGAGAGGAGGCGGUGAAGGAGAUCACUACCCCAGAAGACGUUCCCAAUGGAUACCCAGAAAAUAUCAUUUCUGAGGAGGCUUCUGCCACCUACAUGCGGCUAACAUGGAAAUCAGUUCCCUUGAUUGAGCAAAAUGGGAAAAUUGUGAAGUACUCGGUGCUGUACAAGGAUAUAAACAGCAGAGGGAACGCCUCGGAGGUGGUGGUGGCGGCUCCUGGGUCGAGUGUUUUGUUGGAGGGUCUGAGUGCCGACACAGUGUAUGAGGUCAGGGUGUGCGCGUUCACGGCUGUCGGCCCAGGGCCGUAUAGCCCCGGUGUCCAGUUUAGGACGCAGCCGAUAGACCAAGUGUUUGCCACCAACUUCAGAGUAAAGGCUGCCAUGAAGAACUCUGUUCUCCUGUCCUGGGAGAUCCGGGACAAGAACCCUGCCCAGCCCUUCACUAUCCUGUACGGCAAGGGCCAGUCUGUGGAAGUGGACGGGAAGCAGACUCAGAAGUUGAUCACUGGUUUGGAGCCGGACACUCAGUACUCCUUUCUUCUCACCAACCGGGCCAACAGUGCCGGAGGCCUGCAGCACCGCGUCACCACCACCACUGCCCCAGACAUCCUGAAAACUAAACCCACCCUGGUUGGGAAGACCAAUGCUGACGGCAUGGUGACUGUGCAGCUUCCAUCUGUACAGACCACAGCAAAAGUCAAUCCUCAUCCCAGUGCCUGUUGUGUUGUUAGGGGUUACUAUGUGGUGGUGGUGCCACUGAAGAAGCAGAGAGGAGGGAAGUUCCUGAACCCCUGGGAGGAUCCAGACCAGAUGAACCUAGAUGAGCUCCUGAAAGAGAUCAACAGGACCAGUGUCAGCCGCGCCCUCCGCGUACGCAGACAGGCCGGCCAAUCAGAUCCCAGGGCCUACGUCACCGCUCACUUUAAGACCCUCCCCCUGGAGUUCACGCUAGGAGACGGCCGAAACUACGGCGACUUCCGCAACCGCCCGCUGCAGAAUGGACAGGAGUAUGUGUUCUUCGUGCUAGCGCUGCUGGAUCUCUCUGAGAAUACUAUGUAUUCCACUAGCCCCUAUUCUGACCCUGUGACCUCGUCCGACGUGGACCCUCAGCCAAUCGUGGAUGAGGAGGAAGGGUUGUUGUGGGUGGUGGGGCCUGUGCUGGCUGUCAUCUUCAUCGUUUGCAUAGUCAUCGCCAUUCUCCUCUUCAAGAGCAAACCUGACAGAAAAAGGGCUGAGGCUGAGGGUAGGAAGGGCAGUUUUCCUUGUAGCAAAGCCAUGUCCUCCCAUCAUCCCACUGAUCCUGUGGAACUUCGCAGAAUCAACUUCCAGACUCCAGGCAUGGCCAGUCACCCUCCCGUCCCCAUCUCUGAGCUGGCAGAUCACAUUGAGCGCCUGAAGGCAAACGACAAUCUCAAGUUCUCUCAAGAGUAUGAGUCCAUUGACCCCGGUCAGCAGUUCACAUGGGAGAACUCCAACUUAGAGGUCAACAAGCCAAAGAACCGCUACGCAAACGUCAUAGCCUACGAUCAUUCCAGGGUCAUUCUCUCCAGCAUUGAAGGAGUCCCAGGCAGCGACUACAUCAAUGCUAACUAUAUUGAUGGCUACCGCCGUCAGAACGCCUACAUCGCCACACAGGGCUCCCUGCCCGAGACCUUCUGUGACUUCUGGAGGCUGGUCUGGGAGCAGCACACAGCCAACAUCAUCAUGAUGACCAAGCUGGAGGAGAAGUCACGGGUGAAGUGUGAUCAGUACUGGCCGACGCGGGGCACAGAGACCUACGGCCUGAUCCAGGUCACUCUGCUGGACACAGUGGAGCUGGCCACCUACUCUGUCAGGACCUUCGCCCUCUAUAAGAGCGGCUCCAACGAGAAGCGUGAGGUUCGUCAGUUCCAGUUCACGGCCUGGCCAGACCAUGGGGUACCUGAGCACCCCACCCCCUUCCUAGCUUUCCUGCGCAGGGUCAAGGCCUGCAACCCGCCAGACGCAGGGCCCAUGGUUGUCCACUGCAGUGCUGGAGUGGGCCGCACGGGCUGCUUCAUCGUAAUCGACGCCAUGACAGAGCGAAUCAAGCAUGAGAAAACCAUUGACAUUUAUGGCCAUGUGACGCUGAUGCGGUCCCAGAGGAACUACAUGGUCCAGACAGAGGACCAGUAUGUAUUCAUCCACGAUGCGCUGCUGGAGGCCGUGGCCUGCGGGAAUACUGAGGUCGCAGCAAGGAACCUGUACUCGUACAUCCAGAGGCUGACGCAGAUUGAACCGGGAGAGAACGUCACCGGCAUGGAGCUGGAGUUCAAGCGCCUAGCCAGUGCCAAGGCGCACACAUCACGGUUUGUGAGUGCCAACCUGCCAUGUAACAAGUUCAAGAACCGGCUGGUGAACAUCAUGCCCUAUGAGACCACGCGUGUCUGUCUGCAGCCAAUCAGAGGGGUGGAGGGAUCUGACUACAUCAAUGCUAGCUUCAUUGAUGGGUAUAGGCAGCAGAAGGCCUACAUAGCAACCCAAGGCCCAUUGGCUGAGACCACAGAGGACUACUGGAGGAUGCUGUGGGAACACAACUCGACCAUUGUAGUCAUGCUAACCAAGCUGAGGGAAAUGGGCCGGGAGAAAUGUCACCAGUACUGGCCUGCAGAGCGCUCAGCCAGGUACCAGUACUUUGUGGUGGACCCCAUGGCUGAGUACAACAUGCCCCAGUACAUUCUUAGAGAGUUUAAAGUCACCGAUGCCAGGGAUGGCCAGUCACGGACAGUUCGUCAGUUCCAGUUCACUGAUUGGCCUGAGCAAGGAGUGCCAAAGUCAGGGGAGGGAUUCAUUGAUUUCAUUGGCCAGGUUCACAAAACUAAAGAACAGUUUGGCCAGGAUGGGCCAAUAACCGUGCACUGCAGUGCUGGAGUUGGGAGAACUGGGGUGUUCAUCACCCUCAGCAUUGUGCUGGAGAGGAUGAGGUACGAGGGAGUGGUGGAUAUUUUCCAGACUGUCAAGAUGCUGCGCACCCAGAGACCUGCCACCGUUCAGACAGAGGACCAGUACCAGUUCUGCUACCGGGCCAGUCUGGAAUAUCUGGGAAGCUUUGACCACUAUGCAACAUAAACCCAAUGGCCGUCUCCCACACCGCAUCCUACCUAGUGUACUUCUCUUUGGUCACACGGGGCCUAAAUUAGUGCACUAGGGAGCAGGGUGUCCUCGGAGAUUUUGCCACCUCAUCCAGAGCGAACGGGAACCAUCAGCUUAUCCCGUACCCAGAACGAACACCUCUACCUGAGCCAUAGCAACCUGCUUGACAAGGGUGUUUCCUUCCACCCUCAGCCCAAACUCAACCAUUGGUCAGUCUGAAGAAGCAACUUCAACCACUGUUCCAAUCAACAUACUUGAUCAAAAAAAUGAAUAGAUUUUAUUUGUUUCAGUGCUUUUGUGAGCACCCAGAUUGCUUUACAUUGUUUGGGUAUGGAACUCACCCUAUCCACCACCAGUGUAGCAUCACCAUCCUAAAUACAGGACUUGGCUACAGUAUUUAACUAUCACAGGAAAUUUAGAUUUUUUUCUAUCUUGGGACUAGAAAUGUCUACAAACCCAUCUUAUGGACGCCUCAUGGACUGAGAGAACUGUUGGCCUACUAAGGGACCUCUGAGGACCAGAAAUUUGCCAAUAAGAGGCUGAAAACACAGAGCACACAGUAUUAAAGACAAAAGACACAUCCCAACAAAAAAGAAAAAAAAAAAAAAAAGACACCGAGAAGUGUUUUUGUUAUGGAAACAGACUCUCGUUUCCUAUGAAUGAAAAAGAGGAUAUUUCUACCAUACAGUAAUAACAACCACCAGUUCAACCUUAUGCUUCACGAUUCAAGAUAAGGGAAAUUUUGGAGACAUUUAAAAAAAAAAAAAAAAAAAAAACCCACAAAGUAAAACAU